AUGAGUCGGCGAGGCAGAAAAAAAGCACCACUAGUUGCAAAAUCUUACAGUCUUUUGAAUUAUAUGACAACAGACCGCCAUGCGGAGGCACAGAAGUAUGCACGCCAAAUUAUUAAUACUAUAGUGGAGGAGGCUACAACUCCGUUUACAUAUGACAUAAUAAACGAAAUAAUUAACGAUGCCGUUUCUUCAUCAAAUGAAAAUACUAGCAAAAAACAAAGACACACAGUGUCAGAUAAGACCUUCUUCUCCUGGAAAGAAAAGUAUACUUGGCUACAAAAAGUCGAUAAAUCGGGGGUCGCAUAUAUAUUUUGCAAUGAAUGUAAAUCUGCCACAAGAGACAAAAACAUAACGAGCGUUUGGGGCCAUGAAGGGACCUCAAAUAUUCAACUCUCAGCAGUUAUAAGACAUAACGAGAGUGCCGAGCACUUGGAUAUUAUCAAUAAAAAUUUCCCAAUUACUAAAACUGACUCGGAUAUUGAAUGUGAUGUGAUUGAAACAGAUUCUGACUCACAGUUCACCCUUAUAAAUGAUGAUAAAAUUUUAUUCAACACAAUUUACCAUGCAUCGAAAAAUGAAAUGCCAACAACCAAUGUCAAUGGAUUGUUAGACUUACAAAAGAAAAACGGACUUGAAUGCAAAUAUUCAAAUUUAAGCUGGGACACUAUUUCCGAAAUUCAGUCUUGUAUUGCCAAAACACUCACCAAUGUUAUAGUAAAUGAUAUUAAAUCAUCACCUAUAUAUGCAGUUAUAUUGGAUGAGAGCACUGACAUAGGGGUGGAAAAAAGACUGUCUAUUUGUGUCCGAUACGUUAAAAAUGCUGAACCUAUCACAACCUUUCUAAAUAAUAUACAUUUAAAUGAUGGUUGUGCUAUUACAAUAGUAAAUUGUGUUUUUUAUGAAUUUUCAAAUUUAGGAAUUUCUAUAGAAAAUUGUGUUUCUUUAGCCACUGAUGGUGCAGCAGUUAUGCUAGGGCAUAAAACUGGGGUAGGUGUGCAGAUUAAAAGCAAAUAUGCACCAUAUUGUCUACAAACUCAUUGUGUUGCCCACCGACUGAACCUGGCUUGUGUUGACUCCAUUAAGGAGAAAGACUUUUUGGUUAAAUUUAGAGACAAAUUCACAAAUUUAUUCAAUUUCAUAACUGCAUCAGCAAAUCGAGUUUUUGCCUUAAAAAAUAUUCAAUCAUUAUUAAAUGAACCAGAACUGUCAGUUAAGGAUCCUCAUUCUGUAAGGUGGCUUGGCCUAAAAAAUGCAGUGGAAGCUGUUUUUGAAUCUUACUCUUCGAUAGUAUCAACGUUAUCAAAAUUUGCUGCUGAAAAAUCACCUGUCGCUAAGGGAUUGCAUAAAUACUUCAGUUCCUACAAAGUUGUACUAGUAACAGCUUUUAUGUUAGACGUUCACACAGAGCUAAGUAUACUUAGCUGUAGCUUCCAAAAGAAAAAUUUGUCGUUUAGUGAAAUUCGUCCCCUGAUUGAAGGAACAAUUGCAAAAAUUGAAACCAUGAAAGUGUCUGAUGGUGAAGCUCUACUAGAAAUGCAAAAAAUGAUUGAAACUUCAGGAGAUGAGAAAAUGCUUAAGGGAGAGAAACUUUCAUUUUCAGCAACCAUGGAUAAAGAAUUUCAAACAAUCAGAGAUGACUAUGUAAAAAGUUUGUCUAAGAAUAUUAAGAAAAGACUUCACAGGAAGGACGGAGAUCUGUUGACAGAUUUUAGUUUGGUUUUGGAACCUCUGAGCGUUAUCGCCGCAGAUGUCACAGACACUGACAAUGCUGUUGAAAGACUUUCUGAAUUUUAUGGUCAGGAAAAGAAAACCAAAAUUGUUGAAGGAAAUCUUAUUGAAGGAACAGAAGUGAAAGAAAAGAUUGUAGAACCAUUAAUAGAUGGAGUACAACUGAAGGAGGAAUGGAUCAGACUGAAAGGAAUGAUAAAUGAUGCAUACUCCAAAUGUGACACUUAUCAACUUUGUAGAAGACUUAUACUGUUACACAAAGACAUCAUGCCAGCAUUUUCAAAGCUCGCAAUGAUAGCUCUAUGCUUAAGUCUGACAAGCGUAGAAUGUGAAAGAAGCUUUAGUACACAAAACCGUCUUAAAUGUAAAUAUAGGGCAUCUCUUAAAGAAAUACAACUUAACAUUAUGAUGAAAAUUAGUAUGUUAGGUCCAGUUUCGACAUCAUUCAAUCCCUAUCAAUCUAUUCGUUUAUGGAUGACCAAGAAGAAACGACGUCGAGGGAGACUUUAUGCUCAGUACAAACCAAGACCGUCUAAAAUUCCAAAGUUGUCCUCUUAA